UCAAGUCUUUGGUCAUUAUCAAGUUUCCACUCAACAUUAUUAGGUAAAGCCCUCACGGCUCUAGUCUCCAUCAAGGCUUAUAGACAUACAAGGUUUUUUUUUAUUGGAAUAUGUUCUUACUAUCAGUUUUAAUUUUUCUAGUAAUUUCACAGUUCAUACCAACGAUUAGGCGUCCGAUUUCCAUCCAGGGCUACAGACAUACAUCUUUAUUACACCAUUUACUUACAGCCUGUUUUAUAUGUCCAGAAUCUUCACAGCUCAUGUCAACAGUCACGGUUUUGACCUACAUCUCCAACCAUAGUCAUAGACAUACAAGUCUCUUUGAGCCUUUAGUUACUUUAAGCUGUAUAUUCCCAUACUUUUUACGGCAAAGACCAGCGAUCAAGGUUUCACUCUCCAUAAAAAUCCUCAGUUAUCUUGACAUAGUCAAAACCAACGAUUAAGGUUUCACCAUACAUCCAGGUCUAUUUACCACCAGGGCGAACGAUCAAUAUUCCGCUGCCCAUUUUGGGCUAUAUGUAUACAUGACUCUUUAAGCAGUUAAUACCUGUCGCUUUUAUUUGUCUAGUCUUUUAAUCGCCAAGUCCAAAAUUUAUGGCUCUGCUCUACAUCAUGGGCCGUAGGUAUACAAGUCUCUUUGUGAAUCUAUUCACUGAUGGUUAUAAAUACUUAUAAUUUCACAGUUGGUGUCAAAGAUC